AUGGCUCAAAUCAAGGGUCUGAGUGCUCAAGAUCUCCCUCCUGGGCCUAUCAGGGACUGUUACAAGGAAUACUCUGCAAUUGAUGAGGCUGACAACCAUCCCGGCAUUAUCGAUCUACGGCAACUCGACCCCGACCAGCUGCCACACGGAGUAACAAUCGCGCAGCACCUGUCCAGCCAAGAACUACGAUUGGCAUUUGAUGAUUUUAUUCGGGGAGGUCAUGCAUCGGCAGAAGAGGAUGCUCCAAUGACGGAGAACAUCCCUGUCUACAGCCAUAAUUCGAUCUCCGGUCUACUUAUGAUCCCUGCCCUGUUUCCAACUACCGUGCAGACUGAACUUCUGUCCCGCCUAUUCCAUCGGGACUUGUCCAGUCCCGAGUAUCAGACCAACGUACAUCUACAUUACGAUGUGACCUACCCUGAAGAUGAAGAAAACCACGCGCCAAAGUCGUUCUUUGGAGAUGACCCCACUCGCACAUUUCAGCCAAAGGAUCCUCGACUGCACGAGCCACUGGACGUCCAGAGCUUCUUGGAGAAAAGACUACGUUGGAUCGCUCUCGGGGGAGAACACGACAGGACCGCCAGUAUGGUCUCAGGGAAGAGUCCGCCGGUAAUUCCACAGGAUAUUGCGAAACUACUGAGCGCAGCCUUUCCAGAAACAUCACCCCACGCAGCCAUCGUGGACAUCCACUCGACCAGAGACACCCAAAGCAUUCACCGAGAAGUGACCAAAGAUGGCGAGUCGGGUCUGAUCAGUGUGAGCUUUGGCUGCGAUGGGCUGUUCUUAGCUAGUCAUGACGACGGUAAUGGCUGCAAGAUCUUGCGGCUUCGAUCAGGAGAUACGGUCUACAUGAAUGGUGCGUCGCGCUUCGCUUGGCACGGAGUACCGAAGAUCCUACCCUCAACUUGCCCUGCGUGGUUAUCCAACUGGCCAUCGCUUGGAGAGAACCUUCCGGGGAUGCCCCCUGGUCCUUACCAGAUGUGGGAGGGCUGGAUGUCCGGCAAGCGAAUUACCCUAAACGUCCAGCAGACGCCAACUACCCAUGCUUCCAAAGACAGCGCAGAGUAUAUCUAA